AAUUAUUUGAAAAAGGUGCUACUGCACAUGCUCAAUUGUUCGAGACUCGCCUGCAGGGUUUUGACAUUAAAAACCUUCAAUGUUACUGUUAAAUCCAUAAUUAGCAUUGGGUUUGUGAAAAAUAAAAUCGAUUUUAAAAAUUUAAAACGUCAUCAGUAAUACAAAAAUAACGUUAAUAUAUUUUUAUUUAAACAUUUGAGUUAAUAAACGCUUAUAGAAAUGGCGGAAGGCACUUAUGAAUAUGAAUGCAUGAGAGCUGAAUUGCUAGGUAUUGAUAAACCAAAUCAAGAAGAAUUCGAAAAACAGCGUACUGAACGCCUCAAACAAGAACAAGAGGAACAGGAUGCUGCUGAGGCAGAACUUUUGACACAGCAAGAGGAAGGCUUGAAAAAUACAGGUGGUAAAUUAGAUGAACUCAAUAGUAUUCUAUCAUCCACACAGCAAAAAAUUAAUCGAUUUAAGCAAAGUGCUUGUGGCAGUUUGUCGAAUAUAUUUAGCAGAGGUGGCUCUGUGGACGUGGCUAGUGAUGCUACGCCAAGUACUUCGAAUACAGCCAGUCGACGCAACACUACGGCAAGUGGUGAAGGUUUGAGGGAUUCCACUGAUAUUAAUACGGCCUUAAACAAUUUAGACGAAAUGGCACAGAAUAACAGUAAUGCUGAUAUACAGCCUGUAAUUCCAACUGAAAAGAUACGUAAUGCUAAAAUGGAUAUACAAAAGAAAAUGACAUCACAUUUAGAUAAGCUGGAUUCUUUGCUUAAUAAAGCUGAACAUGCUGAAAUCUCUAUGACGGAACAAACUAAAGAAAUGCGUAGAAUGGCAAAGUAAAAAGUAAAUGGAUCACAAUCAAAUAAGGAACAAUAUCAAUCAUUACACGUCUAGUGCUUUACUAAUAAGAAGAUACACGAAUUUUACUUAAAA